AUGCCUGAAAGCGUAAACAGACACGUUGUAUUCGACGACGAUGACCCUGGAGCCAGCGACGAUGACUGCCCCAGUGUCGAGAGCGUGCUUGUCGCUGACCAGAGCCGCCAAACGCAGGUGACCUUUGACCCCUCGAGCUCCUUCCGACGGAAGAGCUCCAUGGUCUCGUCGGAAAUCAGGAAACCUGCACUGCCGCCCCGACCGGUGCGCCGCGACGAAUGCAUCGUCCACCAGUUCCUCGAAGGCCAGAGGCGCGCCUCCAAAGGUGGUGCCAGCGACGCCGGCUCCGACCAAUACCUCACCCCGGGGAGCCCCAGCAACAGCACAACGCCCGUCGGCGAAAGCCAUCAUGCCUUCCAUCCCGCCAUGGACGGCCUGGGCCACGGGACCAAGCACCCCAAGUCGCGAGCGAUUGUCGAGCUGAAGAGCCUAGAGAAGGACGUCAAUGGCCAGGCGGACCAGCAGGCGUGGACGAGGGAGAUGACCAAGAGCCUCUCGGAGCUGGACCUGACGCAGUACGAGGACGUCCACAGCCGCACGCUCACCAAGAAGCAGCUCAGCGACAUGGCCUGGGGCGUGCGCGAGCUCAGCAGGCGGCUGAGCAGCAUGCGGAUCCGCUUCCGCGUCAAGUCCGUCUUCCUCCUCACCAAAGUCUACGACCAGGACCUCAUCCCCAAGACCCGGGAGGUGACGCUGUGGCUCCUGGACAAGUGCCGCGACGUGCGGUACACCGUCUACGUCCAGGACACGCUGAGGACGAACAAGAAGUUCGACGUGGCCGGCCUCGUGGACGAGGCGGCCAAGACCUACGGCAACCCCGGCGAGGAGGAGUACGAACGAGCCUUGCUGGACAUAAAGAGGCGGCUCAAAUACUGGGAUGAGGAAAUGUGCAGGUCACGGCCCCAGAUGUUCGACUUUGUCAUCACCCUCGGCGGCGACGGCACCGUGCUAUACGCGAGCUGGCUGUUCCAGAGGAUAGUACCUCCGGUCCUCAGCUUCGCGCUCGGGAGUCUAGGCUUCCUCACCAAGUUCGACUUUGAAGAUUAUGCACCCACGUUAGAAUCCGCGUUUAGCAAGGGCGUCACCGUGAGCCUCAGAUUACGGUUCGAAGGCACAGUGAUGAGAAGCAAACGACGAUCAACCAGAGCCAUCAAGUCAGGCGCAUCCGACGAGGACGAGGACGAGAAUCACACACGGGACCUGGUGGAGGAGCUUAUCGGUGAGGAGAAGGAAGAUGCGCGAACCCACCGCCCCGACGGAACCUACGAGAUCCUGAACGAGAUCGUUGUCGAUCGGGGGCCAAACCCAACCAUGUCGUACACGGAGCUCUUUGGCGACGACGAGCACUUCACCUCCAUCCUCGCCGACGGGAUCUGCGUGUCCACCCCGACCGGCUCUACAGCCUACAACCUGGCCGCCGGCGGCUCGCUGUGCCACCCCGAGAACCCCGUGAUGCUCGUCACCUCCAUCUGCGCCCACACCCUCUCCUUCCGCCCCAUCAUCCUCCCGGACACCAUCGUCCUGCGCGUCGGCGUCCCCUACGACGCCCGCACCUCCAGCUGGGCCAGCUUCGACGGCCGCGAGCGCGUCGAGCUCAAGCCCGGCGACUACGUCACCAUCAGCGCCAGCCGCUACCCCUUCGCCACCGUCCAGGCUGAGGGUCGCCGGAGCGAGGACUGGAUAAACAGCAUCAGCGGCAAGCUGGGCUGGAACACGAGGCAGAAGCAGAAGAGCUUCAAGGAGUGGGAGCACUGA